GUCAUGACGUAAGACGUUCGGAGAACAAACCGACGCAUGAACUGAGAGAAAGAGGACAUGGCUGUGAACGUAUAUUCCACCUCAGUGACCAGCGACAAUCUGAGUCGCCAUGACAUGCUCGCAUGGAUCAAUGAGUCUCUACAGAUGAACUUUACCAAGAUUGAGCUUUUAUGUUCAGGUGCAGCCUACUGCCAGUUCAUGGACAUGCUUUUCCCUGGCUGCAUACCUUUGAAGAAAGUUAAAUUUGGUGCAAAAUUAGAGCAUGAAUACAUUCACAAUUUUAAGAUAUUGCAAGCUGCUUUCAAGAGAAUGGGAGUUGAUAAAAUAAUCCCGGUUGACAAAUUGGUGAAGGGCAAGUUCCAAGACAACUUUGAAUUUGUUCAGUGGUUUAAGAAGUUCUUUGACGCCAACUAUGAUGGUAAAGAUUAUGAUCCAGUGGAGGCACGACAGGGCCAGGACACCAUGCCUGCACCCACCCCAUCCAUGCCUGCCCUCAGCAAGCCCAAAAAGAUCAUAAAUGCAGCACCCCAGAGAGCAGCCGUUGCCAAGGUAACACCUAAGAUGGCACCUAGCUCUGCACGGAAACCUGGUGCUGGUGGUGAUGAGGAAAGAGCGGAACUUAUUCAGGAGUUAAACAUGUUAAAGUCUACGAUCCAGGACAUGGAGAAGGAGCGAGACUUUUAUUUUGGCAAACUGAGGAACAUUGAGCUGAUCUGUCAGGAGAAGGAGGGUGAGGGAGACCCCACCCUGCAGAGGAUUGUGGAUAUUCUCUAUGCCACUGAUGAGGGAUUUGUCAUACCAGACGCUGAGUCAGAAGACCAGGAGGAGUUCUAAUACUCGUGACUUGUUGCAGUUUUACCUUCCUCUCACCCUCUCCAUUCGUCCCCUCUCCACAGUCACCCCCACCCCAUCCUCAAAGGCCUCCCACACCAUGUUAUGCAUUUGGACUUUUCCGAACAAACUCCAUAUCGAAACCGUUGCGUCUGCUGAAGCGUGCAUAAACACGCAUCAUAUUGGAAGAACUGUUUUAAUGCCCUUAGACAUACCUGUUAUGAGAUGACUGACACAAUACUCCUGUUUUCUGACUGUAAAAUACAAUCUCUAAUAUUGCUUUCCUCCUUUAGCAACUUCAGACACCUGCAAAUAUAUUUAUCUUAUUUUAAAUGUCUCAGAAAUGUCUUAGCCACUUUGUCUGUAGUGAUUUUUUUUUGGUUGCAUCUCCUUCCACACUGCUAUGGUACAUAACUGUGAUGUCUUAUUCAGAACCAUAUUUUACACUGACUCAAAACUGAGGGAUGAAAUAGCAAAAUUGUUAGUUCAUAGCAAAGACGUGUACAAUUCUUUACACAAACCCUGCAGCCUGAGCACCCUCUUCCUAGUUUCCACUCAUGUUUUUGGUGCUUGCUUUAGUGCAAGGCAGGUAGCAGUCACCACCGCUCCAGUCUAUCCUCAGUGACUAUGCCUUAUACAGACUGUCUGGAGGGAGUGGACCCAGUCGGAUGUUUGUCUUUUGUUUGUUUUAUGGAUGUAGUGAUGUGUUGAUUACGAUCCAGCACGAGUCUGUUUUUGCUGUGAGGUAAAUGUCUGUACUAACACUCAGCCAUGCUCUGUGGUUUGCAGUCAACAGGACUCUACUGUAUUGUAGCACCACAGUUGCAUGAGCAAAAAGUCUUAUCUAUUUUUUUUAUUAUUAUUUUUUAUUUGUUUGCUUUAAAGAAAUUAUAUCCAUAUGAACUUACUAGCCACAACAUUGGUGGACACGAGGCCAAAAUUUGACAAGAGUUGACAAGACAAACACUGCCCAUCUCUGCAUGGGCGAUGCCGAGUUUUCUACCUGUUUUUACUGCCUUAUAUUUAAUGCAUUUUUCUAUCCUUUCAUUCGCACUCUCUCGGCAAGUGUUUGUAAUUCAAAUUAAAGGUUAAAUGUUUUCUUUUGCUCUUUUAUUAUUUGUAGAAGUAGCAGCAGAAUACUGGAUAUUCCAGACAGAGACUUUCCAAAUAGACAAAGUUUAAAUCUUUUGACUUGUUUCAAAAUAUGGCACUCUUUUAAGACCGUUCCCCAAAUUAGCCAUAUUGUUAGGCUGUUUCAAAUGUGUGUGCAACACUACAUUAAAAGAUGAUUGCCUUGUUUUAAGUAAAAUAAUAUUGACUAAAGGAGCUUUUUGGAAACAUGAAAGCUUUACUUGUCCUUACUCAAUAUGUAAGUUCCUUUUUUCUCAAUUUCUAGAAGACCUGCAUGCCAUAGGAUGCCUGUGUUCUGAAUUGAUCUAUAUAAGUUGCCUCUUUCUAAACAGUGACCACUCAAGUUAUGUCAUGUUUGAUCAGUAGGGUUGUGUUUGGGAAAAAUUCAUUAUGAUACUGACUUUGUGCCAAUAUGAAGUUUUUUCUGUGUUUAGUUCUUAAUGUUGCAUUUUAAAUAGGUAGCACAUGCAAAACUGGCAAUCAGAGUUUUUAUUGGUGCUAUAAAAUACCUUGACUUUUAAGAACUUAAAAGCACUUUGUGCUAGUAAAGGCUCUGCUGGGUUGUUUUGGAUCAUUGGUUUAGAACUUAUGCUGUAGUUGUGUGGAUGUAACAGAGCUGGAUCUGUUCUCAACAAGAGAGAAAGCAAAACAAGUCACUCAUUUUUGAGCUUAAGUUUACGAAUGGCAAAGAUAGACUAAUUUAAGGAGCCAAGCUCAAUUUUUGCUGGUUUAUUGGCAGAAGGUGGAUGCAAGUUAAAAUAAGUGGAAGUAGUGUCAAAGCAGGUAAUGUCUUUGAAAUGCAGUGAUUCACCCUUCCGUUCAGUGCUUUGGCCUUUCAGAACAAUCUGUAGGAAAGGUACAUUGUGGGUCCAGUACCAUUACCAAACUGUCUCUCUGUUUUUGUACUUGCAGGCUGUUAAGAGUUGAACAUUUUUAACUAUUGCUGAAGUACAUUUCUUACAGUAAAACAGUAUUUACAUGUC